GGGACUUAGUGUGUCCCCGCCUUGGGCGGAGUCACCGGGCUUUGAGACUCGCCCACAAGGCCCGAGGAGCUCCGAGCUGGCCCUUCCCGGCGGAAGUCAAGAAGGUCCGACAGGGAGGCAGCGGAAGUGGCUGUGUUAGGGGCAGCCUGUGCGCAUGCGCCCUCCGCCUCCGCAGCCGCUUUUGGGGCGGUGCUCUGCCCUGUCGUCUUUACUCCACGUGAAGGGGGUUCGCGAGUCCCCAGUGGUGGUCGCGCGCUCAGCACCUCUGCGGCUCUCGUGCCCCUCACGAUGGCGGGCAUUCUGUUCGAGGAUAUUUUCGAUGUGAAGGACAUUGAUCCAGAGGGCAAGAAAUUUGACCGAGUAUCUCGUCUGCACUGUGAGAGUGAAUCCUUCAAGAUGGACCUCAUCUUAGAUGUCAACAUUCAGAUUUACCCCGUGGACUUAGGUGACAAAUUCCGAUUGGUCAUAGCUAGUACCUUGUAUGAAGAUGGGACCUUGGAUGAUGGAGAAUACAACCCCACAGAUGACAGGCCUUCCAGGGCUGACCAGUUUGAAUACGUAAUGUACGGGAAGGUGUACAGGAUUGAGGGAGAUGAGACCUCAACUGAAGCAGCUACACGUCUCUCUGCUUAUGUGUCCUAUGGCGGCCUGCUCAUGAGGCUGCAGGGCGACGCCAACAACCUGCACGGAUUCGAGGUGGAUUCCAGAGUCUAUCUGCUGAUGAAGAAGCUGGCGUUCUGAACUUCUGGGAAGCCAGACUUGCUGGUUAGUCACUCAAGUCAUGGACAUUGUUCAAGCCUGCACGGAGAGGCUGCCGGGGCUCACCUGUGAUGGGGACUUGCUCGGCGUCCGCUGUGGGUGCAUCUUCAGUGUGUCUGCAUUUAGUGGAAAGCUGACCUGUCUGGAAAAGGCCAAGUGGGAGAGCUCAGCUUGAAUCUGAACUUGUGUGUGAUUUUCUUUUGUAUUAAAGUUUA